UUCAACAUCAGCAACAGUUAGUCAGACACCUCGGUAGCUAGCUAGACAAAAUAGCCGAACCAAUAAAGCUCUUUAGAUGCUUUCGUGAAUAUUAACCACUGUGUUUUAAACCCUCUUCUGUUGUCUAGUUAGUUAUCCGAUUUAAUUUCAUAUUUACGGUGUUGUUAUUAGUCAGCUAGCGGGCUGGUUAAGUUAGCAUUAGCAUAGCUAGCUAACAUUCCUGACCAUGAGCUCACUAAACUACUCUCGUCCUGCAAAAGAAGAGGACGUCUGCUGGACGGAGAAAGGGGGUCUGUGGCUAAACGUUGUCGUGAAAGAGGAGGAAGAGGAUGUCUCAAUACAAAAACAAGUAGAGGGUGAGGAUGUUACAGUGAAAGAAGAAGAGAAAGACGUUUCAGUAAAAGAAGAGGAAGACGCUUUCAGAGUGAAAGAAGAGGAUGUUACAGUAAAAGAAGAGGAGGAAGCCGUUUUUGGAGUGGAGGAGGGGGAGAUGACUGUCACAUUGGAAGAAGAAUCUGAAGAGGAGGACACUGGAUAUCUGGGCUCGGUUUCCCAAAGGCAUGUUAAGGCAUCCUAUGGUUCUAACGAUGAACGGGCCCUGGUUAACACUAGAGAGAGACGGGACUAUCGUGGGACCUCUGGGGAGCCUCAACAACCUCACGAUGCUGACGAGGCAGAGAAGAGUCUCUCCAGAUCAGAACACCUCAAGAAACACCAGCGGACAUCCACAGGGAAGAGAACUCACUGCUGCUCUGACUGUGGGAAGAGAUUCACCUCCUCAUCAGGCAUUAAAAUUCAUCAGAGAAUCCACACCGGAGAGAAAUCUUACAGCUGUGAUCAAUGUGGGAAGAGUUUUGUAAAAUAUAGACAUCUGAAGAUACACCAGAGAACACACACAGGAGAGAAAUCAUAUAGCUGUGAUCAAUGUGGGAAGAGUUUUACUCAGCUAAGCAGCCUGAUAUCACACCAGAGAACACACACAGGCGAGAAACCUUAUAGCUGUACUCAAUGUGGGAAGAGUUUUACUCAGCUAGGCAUCCUGAUAUCACACCAGAGAACUGUCGUGACGUUGCAUUAGUUAAUGUGACAACUGUUGCUCAUCGAAUGAUUAAAGGUUUCUAAUUGUGUGAUUUAAAUUAAUCAAGCAAUUAUUAACUCAUUAACCUGGGGCACCAUGGGAAAAUUAGUUUUAUUGAGUUUCUAUUUCCCAAAUUAACUCAAAGAACAUCAGAAUAUCGAUUUUACAACAGUAGCUAAUUAAUCAGUUUCCUUUACAAUCUCAUUCUGAACGUUGUAUAAUCCGGGAAUCUGCACGAACCCAGGUCUCACCAAUGAGUUCGUACCACACCAAUCUUAGUUGAGUAUUUAUUUACUAGAAAGCUAAAAUUAUGAUAAAAGAUACACAUACACCAAAAACACAUUGUAGGCUAUUGAUUAGAACUUAGUAUAACGGGCCAACACACUAUGGCGUGUGUUACCCAAAAUGGGGAUUUAAAAGAGAGAGAAAUAUACAUUUGGGUGCAUUUGUCAGCUGUGAUUAUUUUAACCCUAGCCUUGCCCCAAACUGCCGCUUUAAUGGGUCAGAAUAUAAUGAUGUAAUUACCUGUGGGAGGUCUCAGAUGCGAAGCUCCGCGUGGGUUGUUUAGGCUUCUCAAUGACACACUUUCCUGGUGCAACUCUGGUCGUCCUCACGAUGUCAGUGUCCAUUUGGUCUGAUUCCUCGCCCUUGCUCUGGGAGGAGUCUUCUGAGGACAGACAGAUCUGUAGCUCAGGGCUCACAGCAUAGGAGUGAAACAGUGUAGAUACCACGAUUUGAUGGAGAGUGGAGGUUAGGUGGUCCGGCUUGAAUUCACCCGCUGAGACACAGCUACUCAUCAGUAGCAUGGGUAGAAAAAGAUGUCUUUGUCUUCAACCUUGGGUUGAGUUUUGGGUUCGUUGACUUUUUAGACCUUGGCUGCAGCUUGGGUCACAUAGUCUGAUCUGUUCAUUCUGCCUCACAGGUCUUAUACCCUCGGGUCAGAAGUGCGCGUAACUGCCUUUAGGGCAAUUCUCUGGGCGUACCAAGUCAAGAGGCAUGGUCUAGAUUUGACUCAAAUCCCAUUUUAGACAACUAACUUCACAUUUCGUCUUUACCAAAACAUUCUCUUUGAUUUGAACAUUUUCCACACAAUGUCCAAUGUAUAAACAUCAAGAGUAUCCUAGGAAAACUCUUACAGUUACAAUGUUUUUGUAAUAACGUAAUCUAUUAACCUAUAAUAACAAAACUAAAAUGACAUAUAUUUCCAUAUUCCAUCUAUCGUCAUGACCACCAUUGUGGCUGACAGAAAUCAUUGUUCCAAAGUCUUUUUAUUGCAUGUUUAAUGUUCUGAGGCUGGUUCUCCAUAGUGAGAGGACAAAUGAAUGUUGUCUGUGGCCUAAGAUUUACCAUGGGCGUGAGGGGUCAUAAAACCCCCUCAUCUUCAGACCCCGAGAUCUCUCCUCCUCUGUUGAGGGUGAGAGAUAAACUGUAGGGUUGUGGUCUCCUGUAACCUGACCACACCAGAGAACAC